UCUAGAUUUUGGUGUAAGGUACAGAAUAAGGGCACUUCAAAUACAAGAGACUGCAGUUGCUGAAAUAUGGAGCAACAGGCAAUCUAUUGGAAGAACUGAGAGCAAGCAGCAUGGGAGAGGGGUGGUUGGAGAAAUUGUUGAUUUUGUUUUUGCAUCAAAGCCCUGCAUUACAUGUAGUUUGAUCCUAAAGUUAGAGCCAGAAUAUUUAAGGAAUGCAAUCAAAAAUGAACUUAAUAACAUGAGGCUGCCAAUUCCUGUCAUGUCGUCCAAUGAUCCUUUGAUAUCAGCGGGAAAUUGUGAAAGUGAAGAUGAAGUGAUAUUUGUGAGCGAGCAGCCAUUGAGGCCUGUUUUGGAGUGUAUUGAUCUCUCAAACGAUGAAGACAAUGAAGGAAACGUUAAACAGCGCAGCAGAGUGAGUACUACAAAGAGACCAAAAGAUCACAUUGAUUGGCAAAAGGCAAGAGUUUUGUCGACAUUGGACCGUGUGGCACGUCACGUAGAGGUUGAGAAGCAGCUGAAAGAAGAAAAAUGCAAAGCUUUUCAAGAGAAGGUAGAUUCCCAGCAUGCUCAUGGCUUGCAGGAGUUGGAGUUCAUUCGGGGACAAACUGCAGCAGAAGAGGCAAGAAAGUGUGUUAAUGAGUGGCUGAAAGUACCAGGACCCAAGCCUGGUGUUGUCAGUUUUGGCCGUGGCACAGUUAAAAGGCACUUGAAUGCAUCUGCGACUUGUGAUCCAAUUGACUGCCCAAUAAUGAACUGUAACAGGAAAUUUGAUAAUAGCCAUCUACUUCUAGGACACUUGAAAAGGUUUGACCAUUCGCCAUGUGAUCCAACUAUUACACUUCAGGGGUCUCCAUCCACUUUGUAUGUUUGUGUUGCAUGCUGUCAGCAAUUUGUGAACCUCCAGAAGUAUGAAGAUCAUUUGGCUCUAAAGGCUGAUUCUGGGAAUGCUGAAGGUCACCGACGUGACCUGGAGCCACAGAUCUGUCAGUGCUUUGCCUGCCCGAGCUGCUAUUUAUUAUUUAACUUGAGGAAUGAAUGCUUGCAACACAUGACCAAGGCAAACCAUUUCCUUGAAAGGCAUAAACUGAGUGGUGAGCAGGGAACGCGCAGCCCUCUUCCUUUUCCUAACUAUGCAAAGAAGCUUCUAAUCUCUCUAUGUCAGGAAGUUCCUUUCCACGUUAAGUGUACAGAUUGUCAACAGAUGCUUCGAAGCCAUAUUGAAUUGACAGCACACUUCAGGACACGAUGCAAGAGGGCUGGCCCUGUCGCCGUGUCUGCAAAAGACAUUGGGCAAGUUGCUGCCAUAUUCCAAGUGAGGGGACGCUGCCUGGACUGCAACAGGCUCUUUGUGGACGACAGUCAGAUCGGUCAGCACGCUAAGCAGGCUGUGCACAAAGUUCACCAGAUAGGCACCAUGGAGAAGGCCAUUUUGGAGUUCUGCCACUUCAACGAGAAGAGCAAGUUCCCCUCUGACCUCCGCAUGACCCUGGAGCAGUCCAAAGCCAGGAAGAACUCUCCCUUCAAAAGAGCUCUGGCCAAGGCCUGCUCUAGCUCCGGGCAGCUGUCUGCACCCAGCUCUGCGAAGAGGAGCCGGAGGGAGUGCAGUGGUUUGCAGCUGAAGGAAGAGAAAGUGGAGAGCGACAGUGGCAGAAGCAGCCCACAAGCCUACUUGUGGUUCUGUGAAUGUCACCAAUACUUUGAUUCUGAGAAGGCUGUGGAGAAGCACAUACUGUCUGCCAACGGGAUCCGCCACAAGUGCCUGGUCUGUGGCAAGCUGGCACUUGACGCUGGCAUCAUCAACUUGCACAUGAGCCGCAGCCACGGGGGGGCUCACCUGACCAACUACCACUUCUGGUGCACGUGCUGCCAGGCAGAAGUGCUCCGGAGGGAAGAUCUGAUGACCCACAUUAUGGAGUGCCACAGCGGCCACGCCUACUACUAUGAAAAGGAAAUGGAUGAAGACGAACUGGUGGUUCCUGAGCCCUCCCCAUCCAAAUCAGACUGGCAAUCAGCUGGUCUGGAUGGGAGAGAUGGUGUGGCAUGGGGCACAGAAGCCACCCAGUCUGACAAAUCCAGGGCAAACGGCUCGUGGCAGUGUAGGUUAUGUGAGGAGAUGUUUGAGUCUGAGCAGAGUGUCGCCCAGCACUGCAGCCUCUUGGCGAGUCACCAGUUCCACAAGUACAGCUGCGGGUUCUGCCAGAAACGUUUCCGUAAGGUGGAAACGCUGUACCGCCACAGCCGUGAUCAGCAUAACGAUGAGCUAAACGUCAAGUAUUUCUGCGGAUUAUGUGACGACAUAGAGUUUAACUCUGAAAGUGAAUUUCUGGACCAUUACAAAUCUUUCCAUAGCACUGACUACAUUUUUGUGGAGCACGGAGCUGCGACUGUGGACAAAGUUGCGGAGAUGGAGGCGACAGAGGGCUCCUCAAGGUUUUCCUGUGGCUGUCAGCUGCACUGCAGCUCCAGAGAGAAGAGGGUGGAGACCAGUCGGCAGUGCAUGAGAAACUUAUUCAGCCAGGGGAAGUUAUGGUUUAGCUGUUCCUGUUCUGCAACAGCCCAAUCAGAGGAAGACAUCGAGAUUCAUCAGACAGAGUGCCAUGGGGUAAGAAGGGCUGCGACUGCCGUCAAGUGCAUCUGUGGUAAGUCCUUUAGCACUUGUGAAGGGGCCCAGAUGCACUAUCACAGUAAGCACUGUGCAUUGCUGGAGCCACAACCGGCUCGUUCUUCAGCGGAUGGUGAUGAUACAGCCAGCGUCCCACACACAGGAGCUCAGCACAAUGAUACCAAGGAGAAAGCACCAAAUUGUGAUCCCGAGGCCUCGACGAAUCACCAGACCACUAAAGGAAGCCAAGGUGAAAAGGAAGUCACAAUCCGGGAAGAAGAUAUUGAGUUGCCUGACUUGGACUUGCUUCGCACAAUGACACACCUUGUCUUUAUUGAUUUGGAUAACUGGGCAGGCUUUUUCAACCAUUUACCUGGACAGCUUAAUCAAGGCACAUUUUUCUGGGGCUUUCAAGGUGGAAAGAAUAAUUGGAAAGCACCGGAAAACUGUCCUGUCUACAAUUAUCUCGUCAAUACUGGGUGCUUUUUCCUUCAUCCACGGUGUAGUGCUAGGAAGGAUGCUGCUGACUUUGCCAUCUGCAUGCAUGCUGGGCGCAUGGAUGAGCAGUUGCCAAAGCAUAUCCCUUUCACUGUACUCUCUGGAGACAAGGGCUUCGAGGAGCUGAAGAACCAGUUGAAGAAGACAAUGCGGCCAGGCCAUGUUCUAAACCCUCACCACAUGGAAGGGGAGCUGAUGUGUGCUCUAUUAAAUAGUAUAUCUGAUAUCGGAAAAGAUAGUGGCGAUGAAGAUGAAGCUCUUCAAAAAACGCUUACACUGAGUUUGCAAGAAACCAAGAUAAAGGAGGAUACUGCCAAUGAAGAUGCUGAGAUUGAAGAAGCCAUUUUGAAAAGCUUGCAAGAAAGAUAACUGAGGGGUCUCGUGGAAGGCGGAAGCAAGAUUCCAUGAAUCAGAUGGGUAAAAAUUUGGAGAUGACCAAACUCCUCAACGGAAGCAGGAAGAGUUGCUUGUACUUUCCACAUUAGGUCAUCACUGCUGGGAAGGAAGGAUGACCAUUGCCUUGUCAAACAGUUUUUUUGUUGCAGGUAGAAGAAUAAAGUAAAAAAAAAAGAAACCUACAGAAAUGUAUGUAAGCUGUAAUGUGUGUGUUAAAUAUGCAUUAGGUUAAAGUGUGUGGUUGCCAUAUUGGAACUCUGUUGACUGGAGUCAGAGUUCCGAUGGUAAGUGGACCAAUCCUCAGCUUCCACUGGAAUACUUUCUGGGUUCUUCACAGAUGAGAGAUUCCUUUCCUCAGUUUUAUUUCUUUCAUUGACCCUCAGAUCUUAAAAUAUUUCAUUGAUUCAUUCUGUCAAAAACUGCAAAGGUGACAUUUCUGACCAGGAAUGUUCCUCUUUUACCUGUCUGGUUAUUGCUACUACUGUAGGAGUUAAGAGUUGCCUUUUCUUAUAAAGUAUAUUUUUUUCAAAUGCUGUACAUGUUUGAAAUUCUUUAUCAAUGUGCUGAGUUUUUUUCUGGUUAGGUUGAAAAAUAAAAUAUGUAUUUGCUCUCCACUUUGAGUCAAUCAGUUGGCACAAUA